AUGUGGAGAAAUAUAAACCAACUCAUUGGUAAAACCUCUAAAACAACAAAUGUAACUUCAGUCAAAUCAAAUGAUCAAAUAUUUACGAAUAAUCAUCAUAUUGCUGAAACUUUUAACGAUUACUUUUCAAAAAUUGGUACAGAAUUUUCCAACAGGAUUCCACCAAGUAAUAAAGGAUUUGAAGAAUAUCUUGAGCGGUCGGUUAGUCCUGUCUUUGAGUUCAAAUCGGUUUCUAAUGAUGAAGUUGAAACUGUUUUGAGUAAGUUUAAAGUCUCCAAAUCGAGUGGACAAGAUAAAAUACCAGCACUAAGAAUUUUAAAAGACUCCAGUGAUAUAUGCGUUUCGUAUUUGACAUAUAUAUAUAUAACUGCUCUCUUCUUUCUGGCAUUUUUCCGGAUAAUUGGAAACUGGCCAAAGUUUCACCCAUUUAUAAAUCGGGGAAUAGACAAGAGUGUUGUAAUUAUCGCCCAAUAUCUGUAUUAUCAGUCGUUGCGAAAAUAUUUGAGAAAUUAGUCUGUGGUCAACUCAAUUGCUACUUCAAGGAACACCAGAUUCUUACAAAAUUUCAGUCUGGUUUUAGAAAAGGCCAUUCAACAAAUCCUCUUUACUCUCUGCAACCAACUCGUUGGUUAGUAAACAUGGAUGCUGGGCUUAUUAACGGAGUCCUUUUCCUCGAUCUCAAAAAAGCGUUUGAUAAGGUUGACCACCAGAUCCUUAUUAAGAAACUUGAAUUAUACGGAAUCAAACAUAGUGCGUUAACAUGGUUUUCUUACUACUUACAUGGAAGAACUCAAGUGUGUAGAUUUAGUAAUAUUACAUCAUCCUCAAAACAUAUUUCGUGUGGUGUUCCACAAGGGUCUAACCUGGGUCCCCUCCUAUUUUUAAUUUACAUAAAUGAUCGACUUGCCUAAUUGAGAUUGUUUAAAAAAAUCAAAACCAGCUAUGUAUGCUGAUGAUACUAAUUUAUCUGUUACUGGAGAAAGUGCAAGUGAUAUCGAAGUGAGAUUGAAUACUGAACUUGAAAAUGUUCAUGAAUGGCUAACAGCGAAUAAAUUAACAAUUAAUACUGAGAAAACCGAGUACAUGAUUAUCGGUUCGUAUAAGAGAAUUUCAAAUAUUCAAAAAGAAGAUGAAAUUAAAAUUAGGAUUGGGGAUAAUGAAAUAAAACGAGUCAAAACUACUAAAAGUCUGGGAAUUGUAAUUGAUGAAGAGUAG